ACGCGCCCGGCGGCCCCAGGUAGAUGACGAUUCGAGUCCCCUGGGAUGGGGCUUGGCCUGAUCAGGAACCCAGAUGCUCCAAACUGGGGCGGUUGGGUUCAGCCAAAAUCGCUGGUAUUCGCCUAAGUAUCUCUGCACAUCAGGAGCUGGAAAUCCUUCCCAGCGCUGAGCUGGCGGCACCGCAAAGCUCCAGCCUGGAAGAGAAAGGGGGAUGAAAGAGGGAAGCUGGAGUGUUACAAAACCAGUAGGGAAAAGGGGAGAAGGUGUAGCUGAAAUCCUGUGGAUCCAGGAGCUGAGCAUCCCUGCCUUGAUGAUCCUGCUCCCAAGAUGAAUCACGGAGCCAUUUAUGGCUGGAAAAAUAAUCGUGUCUUUGGGAUUCGUUCCUUUCCAGGCUGUUCCUUUCCCAAACAGUCGGGAAGGAAGCUCUGGGGACGGGUGGGUGCUGCUGUGAGGGGACAGACCCGCACACCCAGCGUCCUUGGUGGGCAGCCCACGCAAAGCUCCCAAGGUGUUGAUCCUCCUCACCCCAGCUUUUCGCUGGCUGGAGGGAAGCCCGUGUGGGGCGAAGGGUCUGGGGUGCGGCGUUUCCCUGUGGAGGGAUGCCCCAGCCCCAGCUGCCGUGCCCUGGAGGCGCAGGGGGACCGGUGCCGCUGUCCUGGGCAUUGUCCUUGAGGAGCGCGGAGCCACGCCGGAUCACCGCCCUCCCUUCGCAUCCCCGCGUCCCUCGGCACAAGCGGUAAAAAUAAACCCUGCGAGGCGCCGGGGCCUGGCUGGUGCCCAAGCUGCAUCCGCAGGACGCAGGUGCAGCGGGCCCGACCUUGGGGAGGUGCGUCGGGGUGGCGGCAGAGCUCAUGAAUGAACGAUCGGCGGGGCGGGUGCGCGCACCCCCCGCGUGCCUGCGGGUGUGGAUGGGGAUGUGGAGCAGGGAGCCAGCCUUGUUGUUAUUCUGAUCACAGCGGCUCUGAUUCACAGACUUGGAUCAUGAAUAUAAGUGAAGACUUUGACGUCAGAGUUGAGAUUUAUCAGCAGAUCCAAUGGGGCAGGAAUAUUAAGUGCAAGUCGAUGCCAGCUCUCUGCCAACGCUAUUAGCGAUGCUCGCCGAGGAAUGAGGCUUCGCACCAAGGGCUGGAAGGACCGGGAAGGAAAAAAAUAAAAACGGGGUGGGGGGAGCAAGCUGAUCCUCGAGCAUUAAAACCAGCGAUGCUGCACGGCCCCGCCGCCAUGGGGGAGCCGUGGCCGCCGCAGCCGCAGCAGCAGCGGCUCCCGGGGCUCGGCAACGCCUCGGAGCCCCCCGCCUGGCCCUCGGCGGCGGCCGGACCGGGCACGGCGGCGCCGGGCGGCGGGGCCGCGGCCGCGGGGUCCGUGAGCCCCUGGGACAUCGCGCUGUGCGCCACGGGCACGGCGGUGGCGGGGGAGAACGCGCUGGUGCUGGCCGUGCUGUUCUACACGCCGAGCCUGCGGGCGCCCAUGUUCCUGCUGAUCGGCAGCCUGGCGCUGGCCGACCUGCUGGCCGGGCUGGGGCUGGUGGCCAACUUCGCCGUGCGCUACCUGCUGCGGCCGCCCAGCGAGGCGGCGGAGCUGGCGGCGGCGGGGCUGCUGCUGGCCGCCUUCUCCGCCUCCGUCUGCAGCCUCCUGGCCAUCACCGUGGACCGCUACCUGUCGCUGUACAACGCGCUCACCUACCACAGCGAGCGCACGCUGGGCUUCACCUGCGCCAUGGUGCUGCUGAUGUGGCUGCUGUGCCUGGGCGUGGGGCUGCUGCCCCUCCUGGGCUGGAACUGCCUGCGGGACCAGAGCGCCUGCAGCAUCCUGCGGCCCGUCACCAAGGACAACGCGGCCGUGCUGGCCGUCACCUUCCUGCUCCUCUUCGCCCUCAUGAUGCAGCUCUACCUGCAGAUCUGCAAGAUCGCCUUCCGGCACGCCCAGCAGAUCGCCGUGCAGCACCAGUUCAUCGCCACGGCGCAGGCCACCUCCACCCGCAAAGGGCUCUCCACGCUGUCGCUCAUCCUCGGCACCUUCGCGCUGUGCUGGAUCCCCUUCGCCAUCUACUCCCUGGUGGCCGAUUCCAGCUACCCCGCGGUCUACACCUACUCGCUGGCGCUGCCCGCCACCUGCAACUCGCUCAUCAACCCCAUCAUUUACGCCUUCAGAAACCCAGACAUCCAGAAGUCGCUCUGGCUGGCCUGCUGCGGGUGCAUCCCUUCCACGUUCUCCUCCAGACCAAGGACAUCCAGCGACGUGUGAGGACUGAGCACGGAGCCGGAGGUGCUCGCUGGCUCUCCUCCUCCUUCUCUUUUUCCCCUCUGUCGUUAUUGUUUCCUACCGGGAGGAGCCCCCCCGCCCCGGUCAGCACAUCUCGUUCCAUGGCAAGAUGGCCAAAAAGAGGAGAAAAAAAAAAAAAAAAAGAAAAAAAAAAAAGGGAAAGGGAAAAAGAAGGGGGAAAGAAAGAGAGAGAUUAGAAUGAUAAUGGUUUCCUUUAGAAAUGUUAUUUUCUUACACAUUUUAUUUUUUAUUUAAAAACACAAAACACCAAAAAAAAAAGAAAAGAAAGAAAAAAAGAAAAAGAAAAGAUAAAGGAUCCUCGUAGGAUGGCAUUUGUCUGCUCUCGGGGUAAGGAGCCAGGGGAGCCGUGGGCCCCAUCCGGGUGGUCCCACGCCUCUCGGGCACAUCCCAUGGGAAGGCCACAGGAACGGAGGGGGUGGGGAGGGAGGCGUCGUGUCCCCCCCCCGGCGGGGCUGGUCC